AACCAUCAAAGUGACGAAUUUUCCUUUUAAGUUGAAACGCAGAAAUCGUUAUCAAAGCGCAGUGGCAAAUUUAUUUAAGGACCUGUCCGAUCUAAUUUAUAACCAGAUAAUGUAAUCAAAUGACAAAAUAAAAUAAGAUGCACGCGUACAGUACAUUUAUUAAUUAUUGUAUCGAGCUAGCCUACAAAGUAGACCGAAUCCAAGGCCCAUUUGUUUACUCCAUUUCGGUCUAUAUCUAAUCUAAAUUAUAUUGCCAAAGAGGACAUAUUUUACAAUUUUUCAUUAGGCUCAGUUGUUGUAUUCUAUCGUAAUUUAUUGUUUUUAAUUUCAAGAGAUAGUAAACUUGAUCCUAACUGCUCUUAAUUUACUUAUUAAUACCUUUCGGUUGUUAUUAAUUUAUUAUUAUUUUUAUUUAAAUUACUUUUUGAACCCUAUUUUAAACUACUUACAACAUUGUAGUAAUCCUGGACAGUUUGGAUUAUUGGCGCGUUUGUGAAAGAAGUGGAAACAGAAACUAAACCUCCACUGAUUAACAAAAUACAAAUGGCAUUGGUUAAUAUUUGCGAUGUAACUGUCCUCAAUAAUCCUACAUCUUUCUUAAAGCCUUUUCAGUUCGAGAUAACAUUUGAAUGUACGGAAGACCUACCAGAAGAUUUAGAAUGGAGGAUAAUUUAUGUGGGCUCUGCUGAAAGCAUGGAACACGAUCAGGUUUUGGACACAAUUUUGGUGGGGCCAGUACCAGGUGGAAAGCACAUGUUUGUUUUUGAGGCCGACCCUCCAGAUGUGAAGAAGAUUCCAGUGGAUGAUGUCAUGGGGGUGACUGUUGUGUUGCUGACCUGCUCAUAUAGGGGGAAGGAGUUCAUCAGGGUGGGGUAUUAUGUUAACAAUGAAUAUGAUGAUCCAGAGCUAAAGGAAAACCCUCCAGCUGAGAUACAGUACCAUAAACUGCAGAGAAAUAUACUGUCAUCUGAGGUGAGAGUAACAAGGUUCACAAUCCCAUGGCAUGAUACCAAAGGAACCCAGGAGGAGGAGGAAAAAAUGGAAGAAGAAGCACCAGCUACAUCGGACAAGCCUGCACCAAAAAUAUCGGAAGAGUUUGAUGCCAGGAUAGCACAAGACUUGGCCUAUGAGAGGGCAGAGCGUGAACGCAUGACCAACAAAGUUCCGUUUGCAGACCCCGGUAAUAUUUAUCCCCAGGAUGGAAUAAGGUGCUAUCAUUCUGAAGAUUCAUCCAGUUUAUGUAUGCCCUGAGUUUUUAUUUUUCUUUGAAUGUGUGCAUGUUGAAUGAAUGAUCCUGUUAAGAAAGUGUUGAAGGACCAUUUUUUUUUUACCAAUAUUUGUAUGCUGGAGGCUCCUGUGUAUUAAUUCCAUUACAUCAUUUAAUUAUUGUAAUUAUCAGACUUUCAGAACCUCAAGUUAUAAUUUCAUCUUUACCAGCGCACACUUUAUCUUCUUUGGAAUACAUGUUGAGGCAAUGUGUAAUGCAAGAAUCCAUGUCUAAUUAGUCUUCUAGUUUUAUGGUACUGUUAGCUUUAGCAAUCAUUACACAAAAUAUUGGACCAAAUGUUAUUUUUAGCUUGUUAGUGUCUUCCCUGGUUCCAGAUGUCUGGUAUAAUCAUCAGUUAUUUUACACACAAAUCCAGCCUGGUCAUAUUCCCAGCAAUGGAGUCAUUACACAAAUGUAACUCAAUACUGAUAAAAUUGGAUUCUGGUUGUAGAACUUCUUUUUGUUUUAAUUUAACAAAAAAAAAAAUUGAAGUUGUAGCUAACCAACAAACAAUUGUGACAUUCUAAAAUUCCUGUUAUCAUAGGAGUUGAUGUAAUGGUUGUGGACAAAGUCUGUAUCCAAUCAGGUGUCCGCCAAACACCCCCAGUGGUGAAGAAAUCUGUCACUUUAUUUUGGCAGCACUAGCUUGAAAUAUUGGGCUGAUGUAAGCAGGAGCUAAAUACUUGUGGGUAAUACUAUAAUGGGAUACAAACUUUGUAGCACAAUGAGGACUGGUGGGGCCUAAUGUUUGAUAUUGUCAGGCGUGUACAUAUCACUACUUCUUGGCUGUAAUAUAUCUUUGAUGCCAAUUGUAAAUUUAAUGCUCAUAUCUUUGUUGUGAAGUUUAUUAAAAUUAAUCUUUACUUGACUAA